UUAGAGUCAGAGGGGGAGCCAGUUCAGAUCUAGCCUAGAAUGUCUCAAAGAGAAAGAAGCAACUGCGUAAGUCAUGAACUUUUUACCCUCUCUACCUUUUUAGAUGGGUCACAUGUGGACCUGGCUGGAAUCCAAAGAAGAAUAUUUUACUGAGUCUGAGAAGAGCAGCUGCUGCAAAUCUCUCUGUAGUUCUCCAGACUGUAGCUUAGACUUUGACCUAAAGGAACUGAGCAGCUGGAGAGAAACGGAAGAUGACGCUCAGGAGAAGUUAGAAGAGAGCAGCAGCCAGGAGGCAACUAGCCAGCUGGAAGCCGGUGACUCCACAGCGUGGGAAUAUGCUAAUGAAGGAGAGCAAGAUGAGAGUGGAAAAUGCAAAGAGGAUGCCUUCUUGAGGUUUCUGUCUGAGGUGACAUAUUUAAUAGAGCCCGUUCGGGUUAGCAACCCUUACUUGGCACAGGGAUUCUCUGGUGCUGGAGAGCAGAAUGGAAGGCUUGCCAUGGCUCACAAAGGUGCCACGAACGGAUCGCUUGUAGCCAAAGAGGCAGAAUCGGGGCAGGAAAGUCAUUCAGAGAUUUUUAAAAAGCAAGCUAAGGAGAGAAGGGGAAAUUGGGCACUGCAGGUCUUGGAAGGGCUGCCAGACGUGAACUUGGAAGCAGAGGCCACAGAAGGACUUCCUGGUUUGUAUGAGGAGCCUGGAUGCUCUAAGUUUCAGGAUAGCCGGUUUGAUGAGGAUUCAGGAAAGAAAGUCACACACUACCUGAUGGCCAGUACAGCAGAAACGGAUGUAGAUGAGGCCUCAACUUUAGAACUUAUGACACAAACUCCUUGUGAAUGGAAAAUACGAAAGAAAGAGAUGCCACCAGCUAAAAUGGAGGUGGCUGUGGAAAACACUGAAGAUCAAAGUGAGGAUUGGAAAGACAGUGAUUUCCAUUUGAGUUAUAGCAAUGACGACUCCAGUCCUUAUGGAACACCCCUAAUAAGCUCUCCUUCCACAAGUACAGCCUCUCUGCCUUUAAUGCACUUGAGUCAAGAUGAUCCAUUUCAACAGCAUUUGCUCUUCAAGAAAACUCUGUUAUCUAUCUGGAAGAUGGUUGCUGGCCAUAGAUACAGCGGUCCCUUCCUGAAGCCGGUUUCAGAGAAGCAGGCUCCUGGUUACAAAGAUGUGGUUAAGAGGCCAAUGGAUCUUUCCUCCAUAAAGAGAAACCUGUCCAAAGGCCAGAUUCAGCACAUGGUCCAGUUCCAACGCGAUCUCAUGCUGAUGUUUCAGAAUGCCAUCAUGUACAAUAACUCCAACCACCACAUCCAUCGCAUUGCUGUGGAGAUGCAGCAGGAAGUGCUGGAGCAACUCCAGUUGUUGGGCGAGGCACUCCUGAGCUCAGACGAAAUGCGAGGAUUUGUGAGAAGGUGCUGAUGAAGACGUGAAAAGGGCAGGUGCAUGUUUAGAAGUUAAGAAUUCAACCUUGCUUCCUGAAGUCUUGUUCUAAGGGAAAAAUUGUUUGUUUACUAAUUUAGCACUGCCUGACACCUCUCUUUUCUUAAGAAUCUUCAUGAUAGAA